GUAUAUUAAUUAAUAUUUAUAUAUUAGAAAAAAUCUCUCAUAAUUUCCCAAAUUUCAAUUCUAGGGUUUAAUUUUCCCGCAAGAUGUCGAAACGAAAAUUCGGAUUCGAGGGUUUUGGCAUCAAUCGCCAAGCAACGUACAACUUCGAGCGAUCCCAACCACCUCAACGUUUAUAUGUCCCUCCUUCCUCUCGCGGCGGCGACGCUGAUGAAGACGCCGACCUCGAGAACAUCGACUAUGCCGAUGAACGUGACACUUCAAACGAGGACGCGCCUAACACAAAUGAUGGCGCUGCUGCGGAUGAAGACGAAAUUGAUCCUCUGGACGCGUUCAUGGAAGGAUUACAGGAGGAGAUGAAGGCGGCACCGCCACCAAAGCCGAAGGAGAAGCUGGAUAAGUACAAGGAUGACGUGGAAGAUGACCCAAUGGAAAGUUUUUUGAGAGCGAAGAAGGAUUUGGGGCUGCAAUUGGCUGCGGAUGCGCUGCACGCAGGGUAUAAUUCUGAUGAGGAGGUUUAUGCUGCGGCAAAGGCGGUUGAUGCAGGGAUGAUUGAGUAUGAUUCGGAUGAUAAUCCUAUUGUUGUUGAUAGGAAGAAGAUUGAGCCGAUAGCGGCGCUUGAUCAUAGCUCGAUUGAUUAUGAGCCAUUUAAUAAAGAUUUUUACGAGGAGAAGCCUUCUAUUUCAGGUAUGAGUGACCAGGAUGUUAUCGAGUAUAGGAAGAGCUUAUCUAUCCGUGUUUCUGGUUUUGAUGUUCCCCGACCGAUUAAGACUUUUGAAGAUUGUGGAUUUUCUUUGGAGCUGAUGAAAGCCAUAGCAAAACAAGCAUACGAGAAACCGACACCAAUACAAUGUCAAGCCUUACCCAUUGUGCUUUCUGGAAGAGACAUAAUUGGUAUAGCAAAAACUGGUUCAGGAAAGACUGCUUCAUUUGUGCUUCCUAUGGUUUCUCACAUUAUGGAUCAACCUGAACUUGCGAAAGAAGAAGGUCCCAUUGGAGUGAUAUGUGCUCCUACUAGGGAAUUAGCUCAUCAAAUAUAUCUGGAAGCUAAGAAAUUUUCCAGAGCUCAUGGUAUUCGUGUCGCAGCAGUUUAUGGUGGAAUGUCGAAACUUGAUCAGAUCAAGGAACUAAAGGCAGGAUGUGAGAUAGUGGUGGCUACUCCAGGGAGAUUGAUAGACAUGAUUAAAUUGAAGGCACUAACCAUGUCGAGGGCGACCUAUUUAGUACUUGAUGAGGCAGAUAGAAUGUUUGACCUUGGUUUUGAGCCACAGAUAAGGUCAAUAGUAGGGCAAAUAAGGCCAGACCGCCAGACAUUAUUGUUUUCGGCAACUAUGCCUGGAAAAGUUGAAAAGCUGGCUAGGGAGAUUCUCUCUGAUCCUGUAAGAGUAACUGUGGGAGAGGUGGGUAUGGCCAAUGAGGACAUUACCCAAGUUGUUGAAGUGAUUCCAUCAGAUACAGAAAAGUUGCCAUGGCUGCUUGAAAAGCUUCCUAGAAUGAUAGAUGAAGGAGAUGUUCUGGUUUUUGCUUCCAAAAAGGCCACAGUGGAUGAAGUUGAAGCCCAAUUAAUGCAGAGGGGUUUUAAAGUUGCGGCACUUCACGGUGACAAAGAUCAGUCUUCUCGAAUGGAGAUAUUGCAAAAGUUUAAAUCUGGAACAUAUCAUGUUCUUAUUGCAACCGAUGUUGCAGCUCGUGGUCUUGACAUCAAGUCAAUAAAAUCUGUUGUAAAUUUCGAUAUAGCUAAAGAUAUGGACAUGCAUGUUCACCGAAUUGGAAGGACAGGUCGUGCUGGUGACAAAGAUGGAACUGCAUACACUCUCAUAACACAAAAGGAGGUGAGAUUUGCUGGUGAGCUGAUCAACAGUUUGGUUGCUGCUGGUCAGAAUGUGCCGAUGGAGCUCAUGGAUCUGGCUAUGAAGGAUGGAAGGUUCAGAUCCAAACGUGACGCACGGAAAGGAGGUGGAAAAAGAGCAAAAGGAAGGGGAAGUAGCGGUAGAGGUGUUCGUGGUGUGGACUUUGGUUUGGGGAUCGGGUACAAUUCAGAAUCAAAACCUGCAUCGAAUGCCACUCCCAGUCGUCCUGCGGCAGUUAAUUCACUAAGGACAGGGAUGAUGUCACAAGCCAGAAACAACUUUGUUCCUGCAUCAUCAAAUUCUCAGAAUCAGUUCCUACAAAGCAGCGCAGGCGUUCAAACCCAUAGAAGAACGGCUCUACCUGGGUUUGUAUCUGGUGGGACAAUCGGUGGUGAUAUUCAUGCUGCAAAAAUAAACAGUACAAGCUCUACCGCUUCUGCAUCAAAUACUACACCCAGCUCCAGAGAAACUGCGAAACAGACUCCCACUGAAAGAGAUAGAACAAGAGAAAGAAGGAGACCCUCGGGCUGGGAUCGUUAAUGUUCUGAUAUUUUCGCAUGUGGAAUCAAGUUAUGUUUUGAUUAAAGCCCCCAUUUGAUGCUGUUGUAUCUGUAUUUAUGGCCUUGGCCUGUCAGUGGCGUCGCUGUUGCACUUGUUUUGAUCGUGAAUUUAGUUUAUUUAAAAAAAAAAAACUUCUGCAGGUGGGUUUACUUGCCAAUCGUUACGUUGUUAAUUUAUUGCUUGGUCACAGGACUGUUGUACAAACUAGAGACGGAUGUACAACAUUAUGUGCUUACAGAUAUGUUCCCUUCUAUGCUAAUUUUUCAUGGUA